UGGCUGUGCUGGGAUAUGCAUGGGAAAAGAUUUGUUGCAAUGGAAGUUGUAAUAAGUGCCCCAAAUUAUACAGAGACUGCCUUGAAUGGCAUCAAACUGCUCAAAUGUGUUCGAGAAAGUGACCCCAGUGACCCAAACAAAGACAUGGUAGCCCAGCUCAUCGACGACUUCAAGAUCUCGGGCGUGAAUGGGACACACGUCUGCAUGGUCUUUGAAGUACUUGGUCACCAUCUCCUCAAAUGGAUCAUCAAAUCCAACUACCAAGGCCUCCCAAUCCGUUGCGUGAAGAGCAUCAUUCGACAGGUCCUUCAAGGGUUAGAUUAUCUGCACAGUAAGUGCAAGAUCAUUCACACCGACAUAAAGCCGGAAAACAUCUUGAUGUGUGUGGAUGAUGCGUACGUGCAAAGAAUCGCAGACGAGGCCACUGGAUGGCAGAGAGCAGCUGCUGCUCCUCCCCCCGGGGCUGCCGUGGGUACCGCUCCGCAGCCAAAACCUAUCGGAAAAAUAUUUAAAAACAGAGAGAGGAUGCUGAAAAAGAAACAGAAGAGAUACGCCGAGUUCCUGGAGAGAUUCCUACAGGAUUUUGAGGAACUGGUGCGAGAAACCGAAAGGAAAAUCCUAGAGGAGCGCAGCACCUCUGCGGAAGCUGGGGAGUGCCAGUCAGGGACGGAGCUAAAAGCAGCUGGGUUAGAGGACUGGGCUGAGGAAGGGACAGCAAAGAACAAGGAAGACCAGGAGGAGAAAGAAGAUGCCGAGAAGGAAAACACGGAGAAGGAUGAAGCCGGCGUUGAACGGGAGCUUGCAAACGUAGACCCUUGGCGGAUGGAGUCCCCUAAGGCCAACAGCCAUAUUGAAAAUGGCCUGUUUUCACCAGAGCUGGAGGAGAAAGAGGAUGAUGAAGAUGACGGUCCAAAUCCCCAGGAGUAUAACCAGGCUGAAGCAAAUGCAGAGAGUGAUUACACACAUAGCAGCUUCUAUGAACAAUUCAAUGGUGGGUUGCCAAACAGACCACAGAAGAGUUCAGAGUUUCCCACACUGUUGUCUUCCAGGCCCUUAGAACCUGUGGCCUGUGGCUCUGCGCUUUCAGAGAGAUGGCUACUUACCCAGGAGGAGGAAAGCAGUCCCUCCCAUGACAGAAGCAGGAGAGUUUCAGCCUCUAGUACUGCAGAUUUGGCGAUCACAAAACCCCAGGCAGCUGACCUGUUAGUGAACCCUCUGGAUCCACAGAACGCAGAUAAAAUUAGAGUAAAAAUUGCUGACCUGGGAAAUGCUUGUUGGGUGCAUAAACAUUUCGCAGAGGAGAUCCAGACGCGUCAAUACAGGUCCAUCGAGGUCUUGAUAGGAGCAGGCUACAGUACCCCUGCAGACAUCUGGAGUACAGCAUGCUUGGAGAACUGCGGCACAUCACCAGCCUGA